AUUUCUCUGCCAUUUCUUCAUCUGCAUGGAGGUUUUAAUUGCUCUUCUUUAAUCUAAGAAAAUAUCAUUGUUCUGGUCUUGGACAACCGAAGGUUUUCGGAUUUUGUCUCCGGCUCCUUUAGAUGACUUGACUCGGCAUUUAAUAAUUAAAAUUGUUAUAUGAUUGUUGUAAAAAAAAGAAAAAAGAAAAAAACCUUUAUAAUAUAAAAUAGCAUUUACAAGGUACCAAUGUGCAGCGCACUGGGUAACAUUCAUGCUUUCUUAGCAUGAGAUUAAUGGUUCAAAAAAGCCCUAAUGACACUUUUUAUUUAUGAGGUCAGCCGAGUGACUUGGCCUGAGUUGUACCGAGUCAUGUCGAGUUGGCUGAGUUAGCAAACAGACUCGACGAGCCCGGUCGAGUCAUAAUCAGUCAGUACCGUGAGCAAGUUUCUCAGAGACUCUUCUCGAAAUCCCGCGGAUUCAUUGUGAGACAUUAUGGGGAAGAUCUGCUGAUUUGACUAAUUCAAGUUAAGUAUGGGCAGUUCGUAUUAGAAAAAUGCAUAAAAUUGCUUGGUCAAAUGACUGAUAUUUAUUGGUCGAUGUGAUAUGCAUUGGACAUUAUUUUAAAACUAUGCUGUAGACUGAGUCUAGCAUGCAUUCAGCAAUCUUUAUAUAUUGAUGCAUGUGGAUGUGCACACCUGUUUUCUUCAAUUUAUUUAUGGUAUCAUGCUACGCACUUUGAAUUUGUUUUUUCUUGCCCCUUGUGUGAGAUUUGAGCUGUUAAUUGGGAAUAUCAAUCUGUUCAACUCAUCAGUUGGGCCGCAUAUGUAUUUUGAAUGUGGAGAUCGGCCGUUUCCAGUUUUAAGCACUUGAAAACUUGACUUGACUCGAUGUCUAGCUGGGUCAGGUCAACUCAAAGAUUCGAUCGAGUCUUUACUUGGCUUGAGUCCAUAUUUUGAUAAUAAAAUUUGAAUUACUAAAUGUGGGGAGAAUUUUUUAAGAUGGUUGAAAACUGGUAAAGUACAUAAAUAUCCAGAUCAAAACCAAAGCAUGUUAUCUGGUGCACCGGUAGCUUUUAUUCGGCGUCAUAUCAAGCCAGCCGAGCUUUCGAGCUGACUCUACGAGUCUUGUUGAGGCUUGACCAGGUCACCCCCAACUAUUUUUCAUCAGACUUGGCUCGAAACUCAGCUGAGUCUCGAGUCUUGUGGAGUCGAGUUGACUCGGCCUAGUUUCAAGUCAUGUCAUUGAGUUUUAGCACCAUGGUCGUUUCUUUUCACCAUGCACAUGUGGUCCACCUGUCAAGUGGACUGGCUGAAGUUUUGGGCCAGGGUAUCGAUAUAGUGGCACCCACCUGAUGAAUGGUGUUGGUCUCACAAAUGCGUGGCAUGUUGGUGUUUGCAACUUUGCAUCCUCAAGUCCCGGUGUGUCCUAUUAGCAGGAUUCAAGCCAAAAAUUACAAGGGAUCUGCUUUUAGGUUGAAUAACGAUGUUCUUUUAGGUUGAAUAACGAUUUGGUGCGCUUCUUCCGCAUUGGGUUGCAUAUGCUGCUAACAUCUAGAAUACUCAAAUAAUUCAUUAGUUAGAUUUGCAGUUUUUCAUGGCAUGGUUUUUCGGUUAGUAGAGAAUAGUUUUUCCAUUAGUAGAGAAGGUAGACUUUUUGAGUUCAAGAAUUCCAUGGUUGCAUGAAUACACCAAGGUCAUCAUUGAAAGGGGUAUAUUACGAAGAACAAUUCUGUGGGCCCUACCUUCUGUCAAGACCCAACUGUUGGAUCAGAGGGGACACCCACUUUGCCCGAAGAUCACCUUAAUGGGAAGGUGGGCCAGCUCCAGACCUAUGUGAUCUUUGGAGAAGUUGCAACAGAUGGGAUCCUCUGAUCCAGUUUUUAACCUUGACCAAAGGAGUCUAUCAUUGCGGAUCGAAUCUGUUCAAUCUUCAGAUACGAGGUAGUUUUUUGAGCAAAGACGGGGAAGAAAAAGGUCAUUUAUUCACUUAACAGAUCGGGCUGUCACAGACAACCCAUGCUCUCCCCAUAGCAUGGAUUUGAACCAGCUGUUCAGGUUCGGUCCACCCAAUACGAAUAUAUCCCCUGCAACCGCUCCGGCUAGCACUCUGUUACACUCUGAAUGGAUGCUGCGGCCCACGAAAUUUGACUCGGGAAGCUCACCCAGUUCUCCGCUUUCAACUCACUUUGAUCACGAUACGCUCUCUACAUUGAGCAACAGCCAGGAGCAGUACAGCUCCACAGAAAACUUCUUGAAUAUCAGCCCCUCUGGCAAUCGCUCAUUAGAAAUCGACAGUUCAUUUCAAGCAUCCCCUGCCAACAUUCAAGAGGUCUGGAACAAUCACUCAAUCAGAAGAUCAUCCACGCACGAUGUGAUUUGCAGCAUGAAGGAUGCCCUCCAUGAACUAGAGACGACUCUCAUGGGCCCUGAUACUGACGAAGUGAGCACACCCAGUUCGACUUUUGUUGAGAAUCAACAGCCGGAAAGUUCAAAUCAGAUAUCACGGGCCCAUAGCCAUGACCUCCAUCAAGAGGCCCCCACCGUGGUUCGGACCCAGCUGUUUGUCGCAGGCAAGCAUCGAGAAAUGAUUAGUGGGGCCCAGUGGGAAAAGCGUCAGAGAUUGAUGGACACCCACUUGCAGGACAGGCCACUCGUCGAUGUGAAACAGUUGCUGAUGGAGUGCGCGCGGGCCAUCUCUGAUCACCGGAUGGACGAUUUCAAUAAGUUACUUCCCGAGGCCAGGAGUGCCGUUUCCAUCAGUGGUGAACCCAUCCAGCGGUUGGGCGCAUACAUGCUGGAAGGGCUGGUGGCGAGGCUGGAAUGCUCCGGCACUAACAUAUACCGAGCGCUGAGGUGCCAAGAGCCUGAAAGCCAUGAACUGCUCUCAUACAUGCAAAUUCUCUAUGACAUCUGCCCAUACUUCAAAUUCGGUUACAUGGCUGCCAAUGGAGCGAUUGCCGAAGCAUUCCGGAAUGAGGACCGCUUGCACAUUAUCGACUUCCAGAUUGCCAUGGGGACCCAGUGGGUCACCCUGCUCCAAGCAUUGGCAGCUAGGCCAGGUGGGCCGCCCCAUGUCCGGAUCACUGGAAUUGAUGACCCCGUUGCGAGGUAUGCCCGGGGGGAUGGCUUACAGGCAGUGGGUAAGAAGUUGGCUGCCCUAUCUGAGAAGUUCAAUAUCCCAGUUGAGUUCCACGCAGUCCCUGUCUUUGGGGACGCUGUGACCCGCGAGAUGCUGGACGUGCGGCCCGGAGAGGCACUUGCGGUGAACUUCACGCUCCAGCUCCACCACACGCCUGACGAGAGUGUCGACGUGAACAACCCACGGGAUGGGCUGCUCCGGAUGGUGAAGUCACUCUCUCCCAAGGUGACCACGCUGGUCGAGCAGGAGUCGAACACGAACACGACUCCGUUCCUCAUGCGGUUCCAGGAGACGCUAGACUACUACUCAGCUAUGUUUGAGUCGAUCGACGUCACAUUGCCACGGGACAGCCGGGAGAGGAUCAAGGUCGAGCAGCAUUGCCUGGCGAAGGACAUUGUGAAUGUGAUUGCCUGCGAGGGGAAGGACCGAAUCGAACGACACGAGUUGCUUGGUAAGUGGCGGUCCCGGCUGAGCAUGGCUGGGUUCCAGCAGUUCCCGUUGAGCGGGUAUGUCAAUUCGGUGAUACGAUCGCUGCUACGGUGCUAUUCAGAGAAUUACACGUUGGUGGAGAAGGAUGGAGCCAUGCUCUUGGGUUGGAAGGAUAGGAAUCUGAUAUCAGCUUCUGCAUGGCAUUGAAGGGAUGUGAGUCUAUACACCAUUUCUCUGUGUAAGUUCCCCUUUUUUGUUUUUUUGUU